AUGUCUGCUUUAUUUGCUGUUUCCAGAUCAGCAAUGGCUCUUCGUACCAUUGCUCCAAGAAGUUAUACUGCCACCUCUUCAUCAUUCUUAGCAUUAGCAAGAUUAUAUUCAUCUGGCAAAUUCCCACCACAUACUGUUAUCAACAUGCCAGCAUUAUCCCCAACCAUGACUCAAGGUAACAUUCAAUCUUGGGCCAAAAAAGUUGGUGAUGAAUUAACACCAGGUGAAGCAAUUGCCGAAAUUGAAACCGAUAAAGCAUCAAUGGAUUUUGAAUUCCAAGAAGAAGGUUAUUUGGCCAAGAUUUUAUUGGAUGCUGGUGCUAAAGACGUUCCAGUUGGUCAACCAAUUGCCGUUUACGUUGAAGAUGCUAGUGAGGUAGCAGCAUUUGAAGAUUUCACUGCUGCUGAUGCCGGAGAGGCACCAAAACCAGCACCUGCUGCUGCUGAAGAAGCCCCAAAGAAAGAAGAACCAAAAGCUUCUACCACCACUCAAGCUCCAGCUUCCACUGGAGCACCUUCUUCCAAAAAGGCACCAACCGACAGAAUAAUUGCAUCGCCAUUUGCUAAAACCAUUGCUUUAGAGAAAGGUAUUUCCUUGAAAGGCAUUAAAGGGUCAGGUCCAAAUGGUAGAAUUGUUGCCAAGGAUCUUGAAGGUGUUGAACCACAAGCUGCUGCUGCCGCUCCAGCUACUCCAGCUGCUACCACAGGUGCCGCACCAAGUGCCACUGCUUCUUACGAAGAUAUUCCAAUUACUUCCAUGAGAAAGACAAUUGCUUCCAGAUUAUUACAAUCUACCCAACAAUCCCCAUCAUACAUUAUUCAGUCACAGAUUUCCGUGUCUAAAUUAUUGAAAUUACGUGCUUCAUUGAAUGCUACUGCCGAAGAAAGAUACAAGUUAUCUAUCAAUGAUUUAUUAAUCAAGGCUAUUGCCAGAACCUGUGUUAGAGUUCCAGAAGUUAAUGCUGCUUGGUUAGGCGAACAAGGUGUUAUCAGACAAUACAAGAACGUUGAUGUUUCUGUUGCUGUUGCCACCCCAACCGGAUUAAUCACUCCAAUUGUCACUAAUGCUGAAUCUAAAGGUUUGGCUGAAAUCUCCAACCAAGUUAAAGAUUUGGGUAAGAGAGCCAAAGUUGGUAAAUUGCUUCCAGAAGAAUUCCAAGGUGGUACCAUCUGUAUUUCCAACUUGGGCAUGAACCAUGCUGUCACUGCCUUCACAUCUAUUAUUAACCCACCACAAUCUGCCAUUCUUGCUAUUGGCACUACUGAGAAGAAGGCUGUUCCAAGUGAAGUUAAUGAACAAGGAUUUGUGUUUGAUGAUGUUAUCACUAUUACUGGUACUUUUGAUCACAGAGUUAUUGAUGGUGCCCUUGGUGGUGAAUGGAUGAAAGAAUUGAAGAGAAUUGUUGAAAAUCCAUUAGAAAUGUUGAUCUAA